UCGGCUCUCAAGUAUCGAUCACUGACAUACAUGAGGGAUUAGCUGGUGACUGACCAACAACUGACCAGGUGCUAACAUGUCUGACACACACACUGGGUAGAAAACUUCACAUACCUGCAGAUAAACAUGUACGGGCAGAUCCACUGUGUCAUUCGGGAACUGGUACAAACUAAAUUUGGAAACGAGGCGUGGGAAAUUAUACUGAAGAAGUCCAAGUUGGAUGAACAUGCGAGUUUUCUCAUGUUCAACCGGUAUGAUGAUACCAGUACAUUCAAUCUUGUGGGAGCUGUGUCGGACACACUAGGCGUACCGGUGGAGACGGUUCUGGAAAUCUUCGGCGAGUUCUUCUUCGACUACUGCCUACGUCACGGGUACGACAAGAUGCUGCGCACUCUAGGCAGCGACAUCAAAAGCUUCAUUCAAAACUUGGACUCGCUUCACUCCCUUUUAGCUCUCAGCUACAAGGGGAUUGCGGCCCCUUCAUUCAGAUGCGAAGAUGGACACAAUGGGGAGCUGAUACUUCAUUACUACAGUGGGCGGCCCGGCUUGUACCCCAUUGUUAAAGGGGUCCUCAAAGCUGUGGCCAGGGACCUCUUCCAACAGUCUGUGGAGAUGAGCAUCAUUGAACAGAACAAGGAAGACAUCGGGUUCAACCAGUCCCAGGAACACACGGCGUUCAGUUUGUUGACCACUAGGGUCCAGCUGCGGUCGGACAGUGCAGCAUCUCUGGCAUCGAGUGAGAGGUUGUCGCCCGAAGGUUCCAGCGAUGGAAAGGAAAUUGUAGAGUUCAACCCGGACACAGUCCUGCUCAGGGCGUCAGAUUUCUGCGCAGCUUUCCCGUACCACAUCAUCUUUGAUCGGGACUUGAGAAUAAGACAAUGUGGCGAUCUCAUCCAAAAGCACUCGACCAUGACGUUGACGGAGGGGACGCCCCUGACCCGAGCGUUCAGCAUCGUCCACCCCAAGAUGGUGAUCAGCAUCGAGAACAUUCGAAAGUUUAUCAACGCCGUGUUUCUGUUAGCGAUCGUGAGAGAAGAAAAUGGAAGGAAAACUCUUUUGCUGAAAGGUCAAAUGAUCUGGCUGUCUGACACACAAAACAUGAUUUUCAUUGGCUCCCCGCGUCUGACGUCACUGAACGAGUUGAUGGAGAUGAACGUGUACUUGGCGGACAUACCGCUGUAUGACGUCACGAGGGAGUUGGUGCUGCUCAAUCAACAGAGGAUAGCGGAGAUCGACAUAGCCAAACGACUGGACGAGACGACGGCGGAGCUGAAGAAGACCUCACAGGAACUGGAGGAGGAAAAGUCCAAGACAGAAACUCUGCUGCACCAGAUGCUGCCGAGGAAAGUAGCAGACGCCCUGACCCACGGGCAGAAAGUUGAAGCAGAAAAGUUUGACCAGGUGACCAUCUUGUUUAGCGACAUCGUGACCUUCACCAACAUCGCCGCAGCCUGCAGUCCAAUGGACAUCGUCAACAUGUUGAACGACAUGUACCAGCGGUUUGAUGCAAGGACCUCCCAGCACAAUGUAUACAAGGUGGAGACAAUCGGUGACGCGUACAUGAUCGUGAGCGGUGUGCCGGAACAGACGUCAAUGCACGCGCAGCCCGUGGCCAACUUCGCCAUGGACAUGGUGGAGGACGCUGGGGACGUUAAAUCUCCGGCCACAGGGCUGCCACUGCAGAUCAGGGUCGGCAUCCACACGGGUCCAGUGGUGGCGGGUGUGGUGGGGGUCAAGAUGCCCCGCUACUGCCUGUUUGGUGACACGGUCAACACCGCCUCCAGGAUGGAGAGCCACGGGGUGCCUGGUCGGAUCCACGUGAGCCCGACCACCUAUCAAGCUCUACGAGGAUGGGGGUACACCUUUCAGCACAGGGGCGAGAUGGAGGUCAAAGGUAAAGGAAAGAUGAGCACCUACUUCUUGUGUGGGCGACUGAAUCGUCGGCUCAAGGACCCUGUGGACGAAUACAGCGAGCUUGUCGUCCACGCAGACGACAACGAGCGAGGCUCGCUGGUCAAGUUCCUAACUUCCUCCAACGAAGAGCUCCACAAACAGCUGUCGUUCAAUUCCGAAAACGAAGACCUCGACGAGACACCAACUUUCUACGCCGGUUCCGACUCGGAGCAAAGCCCGGAUAAAGUUGUUAAGUCUUCAGAGCUGACUUCGACAAAAUUGAACCGGAACAAGCUGGAAAAGACGGAAAGCGAACAGAGUGUGGACAGUAGUAAAGGGAAAUUGUUGAGGAACAAGAAAAUUUCUCGUUCUUCCAACGACGAGACUUUGAUUUCCCCAGACGCAGAGUCUAUGCCAGCUACGAAAGUUAACGAUUCUAAGAUCGUCUUAACCUCGUGUAGUACGAACACAUCGCUGCAAGACAACCCCGACUGCGUGUACAUCAGCGGGUCUUUUAAAAACACCUACCACGGAAGUAGACCCACGAGUUCUGAAAGUAAAACAAAAAACGGGACGAUUGUUGAAGACGCGAUUGUUAACAAUCCAGAACUGGUAAACCAGUUAGCUUCUAUGUGUAUGGGCGGAUAUGGCGCGUCAAACCGAAACUCGAAAUCUCCACCAUCUUCAAACAAGGUGACGCCACAUCCUGUUCACGUGUCUCGUCAACCCGAACACACAAGUAACUCACAAACGUCGAAUACCACGGCCAUCGUCCCUGACCUUCACGCGUCAGGUGACGCCACUGCUCACCCUGCUCUGCCCGGAAGAGCGGUGGUCAAGAGCGAGACGUUCCCGCCCCCCUCACCAAGCCACGCUAAAGAUCGCGCGAAAGCUGCCUCACAGAACGAUUUAAAAAUGUUGACCGGGGAUAGCAAACGAAAGAAAAAGAAGAAAGAAAGAAGUAAAUUGUGUAUAGUUUCUUAAUGGUUAACUUAUAAUCUUAUUGUCGUCAUGGUAACAUCAUCAAACAAAACAUUAGUAGUCAUUUGAGUAACACUCUAGCGCUUACGACUGCUAAACCGAAUGUCUUGAGUUCGAAUCCUGUAUCUGAAUCACGCUGAGGAAACUAAGGCCGCUGGGCAUGAUGCUGACCACACUAUCCCACUGCGUACCGACUUCCUUGAAAGAGAUGAACUCUACUUUAUCUGCCCAAUUU